AUGUCCGCCCGACCACAAGUUCAAUACCUUACCUCCACAUCUUCGGCUUCGUCAUACUCGUCCUCCGACUCCGACCUGUCUUCGACGUCAUCAGUCAGGCACAGCAUGGACUCGACACAACCCAUCGUCUCGGUUGAGGUGCUCCGGUGCCUAAGGUGCGCCCGCGCCGAAGAGAUCACCUCGACAGACGACCCCAGCUCCAUGGGAAUGGUCCAGAUUGGCACCAACAUCUACUACUGUAACCGCUGCGCCAAGAUGACCGGCUACAAGUGA